AUGAUGCAGACGGAGGAGCCGGAUGAGGCAGAUAUCAACUGGCUCGACUCUUCUGCAGGGGAGCUGAUGAGGGAGCUCCUGGAGGAGGAUGAUGAUGAUGAGACGAGCGCUACCUUCAUCUCCCACGAAUCGUCCAUCGUCAACAAGCUCAUCUCCACUGUCUACUCCGGUCCGACGAUCCGCGACGUGGAAAGUGCACUCUCCACGACCCUUGGAGCUGGGGAUUCCAGUUGCAGGGUUUCUGUGCCGGAGAAGAGCACGGGGAAGAUGGACAGCAAGUACACACUUCGGAUGAAGAUAUGUGGGAAUGGGGUCGCCGAUGAUGGUUAUAAGUGGAGGAAGUAUGGCCAGAAAUCCAUCAAGAACAGUCCUAAUCCGAGGAGUUACUACAGGUGCACAAACCCAAGGUGCAAUGCCAAGAAGCAAGUGGAGAGGUCCUUGGAAGAUCCAGAGAUGCUCAUUGUAACCUAUGAAGGUCUCCACCUCCACUACACCUCACACUUCCUCCUGCCUCGGCCCCAGGAUCUCUUCACUGCUGCCUGUCAUGCUGCAAAGAAGCCAAAACUCCAAUCCACUGACCUUCAUACUGAGGUGCCAGAUUGUGUUCCACCGGAACCUACGGUGCACAGCCCAUCCAUGUUGUUGAUGCAGCAAUCACAGGCUGAAGCACGAAGCCUGGUGGAAGGACUUGAUCAGAGCAAAGACACCACAGAUGACAGUUUGCGGCAUGGGCUCGAUGAGGAUGUCAUGCAGAGAUCACAAGGCCUGCUGGAAGAUAUUGUGCCUUUGCUGGUAAGAAAGCCAUGCAACUCAACCAUCUACUCAUAUGGCAACAAUCUCUUGUCACAUGAAUCUCCUCCAUCUUCUUCUACCAUUUCUUGGAGCCCCAGCUCUCCCUGCCUUGAUGUGGGUAUAUUUUCCAGCAUCUUGUGA